UCUCUCUCUCUCUCUCUCUCUCUCUCUCUUUCUCUCUCAAAGGUUGUCUGUUCUUUGUAUUUGACUGGAUGCAUACGGACAAACAAGCCUACAGCCAACAUACAGUAGCAGGUUUACUAUAUUACGUCUACUAUAAUGUGUGUGCUGUGUGCGGGUGGGGUAGUAGAGGAGGAGGAAGGUGCAAUGCAGUGCGGUGCGGUGCGGAAAACGAGAUAAAGGAACAGGGAAAGAGAUUCCUCGAGGGAAAAAAAGAAAGCAAAAAAAGGAUGCAACAAGGGGUAAAGCAAACAUCUUCUUUUUGGUUGGUUUGCCCUUGCUUUGUUGCAGCUGCAUGUGUCCCAAGAGGUACCGCUUCCCUUUCUUUCCUUACUUUUUAUUUUUUUAUUGAUUUUUAUUUUUUUUUUAAUUUGUGAUGGUAUUGAAGGUGCCGAGGAUGUCGAAGAUAUCAAGGGACGAGGGCGAGGAUGAUGCCAAGUAGGAGACUGGUUUCCCUGCUAGCCAAGCAAGCCAAGCAAAUAAGUAUAGGAUCGACCUAAAGAAGGGUUGUAUUCAAUUGCGCGACU